UAUGGGUUUUGGAUAACUAUAUCAAUAAUGACGCAGAGACAAAGACCAGAUUCAUUAUUCUAGAUUGAUGGUAUUGGUGGCGUGUGAGAGAGCAAAGUACGCAUUGAUUUUUUGCCGCCGCAAGCAAAGGGUCACGUUCCUCUAGCUUUCAAGAUUCAACAAAACCUACUUUUUAUUUAAUUUCUUUAUAUUCUCUCAUCAUUUUCAAAAGAGAAUCUCCAAUAAAAGCUGUUUUCUACAAAAAAGAUAUUCUGAAUCUCAAGGUUGAUAUAUACUUCCAACUUGUAUCACUCCUGAUUGUGAAUCAUAUAUUCUGAAAGAUUGGAUUUUGGGUUGGUUCUUGUGAAAGCAGGGGUUUUCCAAAUGAACAGAUGCAAUAAACGUAAUCAGCAACCUUCAUAUAUUGCUGAUCAUUUCAACACGUUGGAUCAGGUGAUAACUUCUCUGAGAGAAGCUGGACUUGAAUCUUCAAAUUUGAUUUUAGGAAUUGACUUCACCAAGAGCAAUGAGUGGACAGGAAGAUAUUCAUUUAAUAGAAAAAGCCUUCAUGCCAUUGGUAAAAGACAGAAUCCAUAUGAGCAAGCAAUAUCGAUAAUUGGUCGCACACUGUCUCCCUUUGAUGAAGAUGGUCUUAUACCUUGUUUCGGUUUUGGCGAUGUAACAACACGCGAUCAACAAGUAUUCAGCUUUUACCCCGAGAACAAAAGCUGUGACGGAUUAGAAGAAGCGGUUAAAAGAUAUAGAGAGAUUGUUCCACAUUUGAAGUUGUCCGGUCCUACCUCGUUUGCUCCGGUUAUUGAUGCAGCCAUCGACAUAGUCGAGCAGAACAAUAUGCAAUACCAUGUUCUUGUCAUUAUCGCAGAUGGUCAGGUCACAAGGAAUCCAGAUGUGCCACCUGGUCGGCUUAGUCCACAGGAAGAAGCUACUAUGAACUCCAUAAUGGCAGCUAGCCAUUACCCAUUGUCGAUCGUCUUGGUUGGAGUAGGAGAUGGACCAUGGGACACAAUGAAACAGUUUGAUGACAAUAUCCCUCACCGGGAAUUCGAUAACUUCCAGUUUGUGAACUUCACAGAGAUAAUGUCAGAGCACAAAGAUGCAGCUAAGAAGGAGGCUGCUUUCGCACUCGCAGCUCUCAUGGAGAUUCCUUUUCAAUACAAGGCCACAUUAAGUCUCAAAAAACAAGUGCGCGGUUCCCGUUUGCACCACAAGCCGCUCCCACCACCACCAGAGGUCAUAGAGCGUGACAAUGCUGUUAAAUCAGUGCCAGAUCCAGUAUUAGAGAGUGCAGAGAAAAGUGAAAGAACGGCUCAAGUAAUACAGCCAGUAUGCGCGAUUUGCUUGACGAAUCCAAAGGACAUGGCUUUUAGCUGUGGUCACACGACGUGCAAGGAAUGUGGUGUGGUUGUCACGACAUGCCCAAUGUGCAGACAACCUAUAACAACGAGGAUAAGGCUGUACACUUGAUUCAAUGAGGUUGAGCACUUCGGCUUCCAUGUCCAUACUUCGUGUAUCCCACUGUACAGUCUAAACAUAUACGUAAAUCUUGAGCUGUAGUUUGUAUGUAUUAUAGUAGCUGUGAGUGUCUGUCUAAGCAAAGAAUUUGUUGAUUCGAUGAAUACCCCAUUUUCUUAGAUUGA